AUGGCAGACACUGAAAAGAACGAGCUAUGCUUGCCAGCACCUCCACCUCAGGCCAUUAUUGCAGGUCAUGAAAAGGCCGUUGAGAAGCAUUCUUCUCAAGAAGUCUCCGACGAACAGAAGACUCCCAAUGAAAUUGACAUAGAGUCUCUGUCCACCGAACCCAAACGGAAGCGGUUUGCCCAUUUCCGAUAUGUGAUUUUCACUGUCUAUCGGCGUCUUUUCACGGUUGUGUUUUGCGCGAAUCUUGCUGUUUUUCUCUAUGUGAUGAUCUCAGAUCGAAAAAUGCUAGCCCUUGUGAAUGCGACAGCUACAAACUUGGUUGCAUGCGGUCUCGCUCGACACCCGAUGAUGGUCAACGCGAUCUAUAGAAUCGUGUGUUCGAUUCCUAGGACUGCACCCUUGUCCUUGCGCCGUAGGGCCGCUAAGGCAGCCCACUAUGGCGGUGUUCACAGCGGUUGUGGCACUGCAUCUUUGGUGUGGUAUAUUGGAUUCGUUGCCAUGGUGUCACAAAUCUAUUGGACAGGAUCUGCUAUUAGCACAGUGACAGAUGCCAGUUUCUCAGCCGCCCCGAUUGCUGUCGCCUACGUUAUUCUUGCCCUGCUCGUUGUGAUGAUAGUAGUCGCAUACCCCACGUUCCGCAGGAAGAUGCACGACUACUUUGAGCUCACCCACCGAUUCACUUCAUGGUUGAUACUAGCUCUCUUUGUGGCCUUGGUCAUGAUCUUUGCACAUGAAGUUAGCAGGGCACAGAAAGAAACGCUUGGUCACUUUCUCGUUACUCUGCCCGCUUUCUGGCUAUUGAUUGCGGCGAUCAUUGCUGUCGCACAUCCAUGGCUACUACUGCGAAGGGUUCCAGUGAAGGCCGAGCCUCUUUCCUCCCAUGCUGUACGGCUGUCUUUUGAUUUCACGCCAAUCAGCUUCGCGAAAGGUGUCCAGGUCUCAAAGCACCCUCUACGUGAUUGGCACAGUUUUGCCGGUUUCCCGGACCCUAUUCCAGUCGAUGAGAAUCCACCUGGUAAGAAUACGUCUGGGAAAAAGCCAUUUGUCAAGGGCCAUGGACACAAGAGGAGUUGGUCAAUUGUUGUGUCGAAAGCAGGGGAUUGGACAGCCGAUACGAUUCGUGAACCUCCAACCCACCUCUGGAAGCGCGGGGCUCUGAUGCGCGGCGUUGGAUAUGGUCUACGUGUCUUCGACCGUAUUAUCAUAGUAACCACAGGGUCUGGAAUAGGACCCUGUCUUGGGUUCCUUGGCGACGAAAACCGACCUUUGAUCAAGGUCAUCUGGCAGACGCGUACACCGGUCAAGACUUAUGGCCAAGAUGUCAUUGAUCUUGUCCAUAAAAUGGGUCCAGAUCCGAUCAUCUUCGAUACUAGUCGUGAUGGCCGUGUUGACAUGCUUCCAGUCGUGCGACAGCAAGUGAAGGAAUUCCGAGCUGAGGCUGUGUUUGUUAUCAGCAACCCUGCGAUGACCCAGCAAAUCGUUUAUGAAUUUGAAUCCCAAGGGAUUCCGGCCUAUGGGCCAAUUUUUGAUUCAUGA